CUGGAAGCCAAAGUGACCCAAUGCCAGUAGGUCCCCACACGCUGCUCACCCCGUGGCUGUCCCCAGAAGUGUGUGCCCACCUCUUGGGUGCUGUGGGUCCUCAAGUUGUGCUGAUUCCCUUCCCAGGAAGAAAUGUCCUGGAGAGAGUGGCUUCUUGGCUUGGCUUGGCCACUGCCAAGCACAGCCAUGUCCCUGAGCAGCUGGCUGCCUGCAAAAGAAAACUCCUGGGAGCAACUCCAGGUGUUAUCUCAGAAUGCCUUGUUUAAACAUCUCCCUUGUUUGUUCCUUUUUUUAUUUAAGGGACAAAUACUUCCCAAUGCUGUGUGCGGGCUGGGGACAGCCAGGAACAGUAAAUCCUGUAAAUAUUUGACUUCUAGUCUUGCCAAACUUUGAUAAAAAAUUAUGGUAAGAGAUGUUGGGCAUGCCAGAGGAGCUGCCUGAAACCAGGACCAGCAUCUCUAAACAUCGUGUUGCUUUUCCCUCUGUGCGGACUGAUGGGUGGGGGAUCUCCCCACUCGUUUUGAGGCUCCUGGCAUAUUUUCCUCCCGGGAUGGACAGGAGCGCUGCUGGGGACAGCAGCGAUCAGCUGCCAGCAUCGCUGUGGGGACCUCGGUGGCAGCGAGGGGGCACAGAGCCGGAGCAUCCCUAGGGAGCGAACCUGCUCCCUCCCUCUCCUUGCCCGCGUGGGUAAGCGUCGGGUCCCGGGUAUCCAUGGCGAUAGGAGGCUCUUUCCCCCCGCACCCCCUCCCCUUCUCCGCUGCAGCCGGCGAGCAGCCGCAACCGGCGCGGCGGCUCCGGGGCUCCGGGGCUCCGGAGCGGGCGGGAGGAGGAGCGAGGGACGGGGGCGAACUGCGCUCCCUCCCCGGGCAGCACAUCGCCUUCUGCACGGGAGCGAUGCAGCCCCCGGAGCCGGGUCGGGCCGGCGGAGGCCCUUCCAAUGGCACCUGGUGGCCCAACUCCAGCGCCAGCCAUCUCCUGAGGGAGAACUCCACCUUCCUGGCGUACUACCAGCAUUCCUCCCCCGUGGCUCUCAUGUUUAUCCUGGCCUACACCUUCAUCUUCCUCAUGUGCGUGAUCGGCAAUGUCCUGGUGUGCUUCGUGGUGGUGAAGAACCGCCAGAUGCGCACGGUCACCAACAUGUUCCUCCUCAACCUGGCCAUCAGUGACCUGCUGGUGGGCAUCUUCUGCAUGCCCACUACCCUGGUGGACAACCUCAUCACAGGUUGGCCCUUUGACAACAUCACGUGCAAAAUGAGCGGCCUGGUGCAGGGCAUGUCCGUCUCCGCCUCUGUUUUCACGCUGGUCGCCAUUGCUGUGGAGAGGUUUCGCUGCAUCGUCCACCCCUUCCGGCAGAAGCUGACCCUGAGGAAAGCCCUGCUGACCAUCGCCAUCAUCUGGGUGCUGGCCUUGCUCAUCAUGUGUCCUGCUGCCGUCACCCUGACUGUCACCAGGGAGGAGCACCACUUCAUGGUGGACACCUACAACAACUCCUACCCUCUCUACUCCUGUUGGGAGGCCUGGCCUGAGACGGGGAUGAGGAGGAUCUACACCACCAUCCUCUUCUCCCACAUCUACGUGGCUCCCCUCGCCCUCAUCGUCAUCAUGUACGCCCGCAUCGCCUUCAAGCUCUUCAAGUCAGUGGCGCCCACCCAUGGCGGAGAGGAGACGGAGGGGAGGAGGAUCUCCCGGAGGAAGGCCAAGGUCAUCAACAUGCUCAUCAUUGUUGCCCUCUUCUUCACCAUCUCCUGGCUGCCCCUCUGGACGCUGAUGUUGCUGACGGACUACGGGCAGCUGAGCGAGGGCCAGCUGCGCCUGCUCACCGUCUACGUCUACCCGUUCGCCCACUGGUUGGCCUUCUUCAACAGCAGCGCCAACCCCAUCAUCUACGGCUACUUCAACGAGAACUUCCGCCGGGGCUUCCAGGAGGUCUUCAGGGCCCCACUCUGCUCGCUCCACGGCCAGCGCAGGCCCUACACCCCCCGCAGCCACGGCCACGGGACCCUCUUUGGCACUCGCAACCGCAUCUUCACCCAGGUGCGAACCAGCGACUCACCAGCCGUGUCCGAGUCAGGGCCACUGGCCCCGCGCCACGCUGGUGCCCCUGCAUGGGACGGCUGAGGAGCUGUGGCCACCAAACCCCUCUGGACCAAGGGCUUGCGGGGUGGGGAGUGGGGACUUGUCACGUUAUGGUUAUGGCCACGAGACAUGGAAAUAAAGGUGUGUCCUACUGUU